AUGCUUUCCCAACAGAUCUUUGUCAUCAUCGCCGCAUUCGCAUCCGGCUCGCUUGCGUCUAUUGCCGACUGCAAGGGAAGCUUCUACGCUGGCGUUUGCCAGGACGUUCACGCCCCGGGAGCUCUUCAUGACGCACUCACCCAGAGCUGCUGCAAAUCUCCUCAUGGCAAAACCUACCAUGAUGGCCCUGGAACAUUUUGUUGCACCACCUCUGACUCUGCGGCUAUUUCCUACAUGUCUUCAUGCUGUUCCGACAGCGGCAAGAACGCCAUCAACUUUAACCCCGCCUAG